AUGGCUCUGCAUCUCAAGCCAUUACGCAGCAACGCCCAUAGCUGUUUCAGCAGCUGUAGCAGAGCAACACCAGGACGAGGUCAAGCUGGGCCUCUCUUCUUCCCCCUCGCCUCCUCCUCUCCCUCCUCGCUGAGACGCCCGUCGUCGGUGGUCCAGCUCCGCCGGUCGCGGGACAGAGGGAAGAACAAGAGGAAGACGACCAUAGGGUGCGUGGCGGCGUCGUCAUCGUCGGAGGCGCCGAGCAGCAGCAGUAGCGCGAGCGCUGCAGCGUCGUCGGUCAUGGCGGCAGCGCCGGUGCGGGUGACGGCGGUGGCGACGAUCAAGGUCACCGUCGGUGGGUUCCUGAACAGUUUGAGGCCGUCCAGGGCCAUCGACGACGUCAAGGACCUCAUCGGCAGGUCGCUCUACCUCGAGCUCGUCAGCUCCCAGCUCGACGCAAAGACGGGGCAGGAGAAACCCAGGCUCCAGAGCUACGCCCACAAGGUGGCGGAUAACGACGCCGACGUGGUGACCUACGAGGCCGACUUCGACGUGCCGCCGGGCUUCGGCGACGUCGGCGCCGUGCUGGUCACCAACGAGAACCACACCGAGAUGUUCCUCGAGGACGUAAACCUCUACUCCUCGGUAGCGGCGGCCGGCUCCGGCUCCGACUCCGACAGCAACGACGCCGACGACGACGGUGCCCGCGCCGCGCCGCUCCUGGCCAUCCGGUGCAAGUCGUGGGUGGAGCCCAAGUCCGCCGACGCCAACGGGAACGGGAAGCGCGUCUUCUUCGCUAACAAGCCUUACCUGCCGGGGCAGACGCCGGCUGGGCUCCGGAGCUACCGGAAGAAGGACCUGGAGCAGAAGCGCGGCGACGGUCACGGCGAGAGGAAGCCCACCGACCGCAUCUACGAUUACGACACGUACAACGACCUGGGCGACCCCGACAGCGACGCCGGCAAGAAGGCGCGCCCCGUCCUCGGCGGCAGCGCGCAGUUCCCCUACCCGCGGCGGUGCCGCACGGGCCGGCCGAUGUCGGCCACGGACCCCAAGACGGAGACGAGGAGCGGCGACAACUACGUGCCCAGGGACGAGGCGUUCUCGGAGGUGAAGAACCUGCAGUUCUCGAUAACCACGCUGCGGUCCGUGCUCCACGCCGCCGUGCCGGCCGUGCAGUCCACGCUCAUCGACCCCGACCUCGGAUUCCCGUCCUUCUUCGUCAUCGACAAGCUGUUCGAGGACGGCGUCGAGCUGCCCAAGGCCGAGCAGCUGGGCUUCCUCCGCAGCGCCGUGCCGCGCCUGCUCCAGAUCCUCCGCGACGGCCCCGGCGACCAAGUCCUCCUCUUCGACACGCCCGCCAAUGUCCAGAAGGACAAGUUUGCAUGGCUGAGGGACGAGGAGUUCGCGAGGGAGACGCUUGCCGGGAUGAACCCGUACGCGAUCGAGCUCGUCAGAGAGUUCCCUCUGAAGAGCAAGCUGGACCCGGCGGUGUACGGGCCGGCGGAGUCGGCGAUCACGGCGGAGGUACUGGAGCGGAAGAUGGGGCCGAUGAUGACGGUGGCGGAGGCGGUGUCGCAGAAGCGGCUCUUCAUGCUGGACUACCACGACCUGUUCCUGCCGUACGUGCACAAGAUCCGUGCCCAGGCGAACACCACCAUGUACGGCUCGCGCACCGUCUUCUUCCUCUGCGACGACGGCACGCUGCGGCUGCUGGCCAUCGAGCUGACGCGGCCGGCGUCGCCGACGCAGCCGCAAUGGCGCCGCGUCUUCACCUCGUCCACGGACACCACCGAGUCGUGGCUGUGGCGGAUGGCCAAGUCGCACGUGCGCGCACACGACUCGGGCCACCACGAGCUCGUCUCCCACUGGCUGCGCACGCACUGCGCCGUGGAGCCCUACAUCAUCGCGGCCAACCGGCAGCUGAGCGAGAUGCACCCGGUGUACCAGCUGCUGCACCCGCACUUCCGCUACACCAUGCGGAUCAACGCGCUGGCGCGGUCGGCUCUCAUCAACGCCGGCGGCAUCAUCGAGCUCUCCUUCUCGCCGCAGAGGUACGCCAUGGAGCUCAGCUCCGUCGCGUACGACAAGCUCUGGCGCUUCGACACGGAGGCGCUCCCUGCCGACCUCGUCCGCAGGGGGAUGGCCGUGGAGGACCCCAGCGCGGAGCACGGGCUCAGGCUCACGGUCCCGGACUACCCGUUCGCCAACGACGGCCUGCUCGUCUGGGACGCCAUUAAGGGCUGGGUGACGGCGUACGUCGCCAGGUUCUACCCCGACGCCGGCACCAUCGCCGGCGACGCGGAGCUGCAGGCGUUCUGGACGGACGUGCGCACCGUGGGGCACGGCGACAAGAAGGACGCGCCAGGGUGGCCGGCGCUGGACUCGCCGGCGAGCCUGGCGCACGCGCUGACCACCAUCAUCUGGGUCGCCUCGGCGCACCACGCCGCCGUCAACUUCGGGCAGUACGACUUCGCCGGCUACUUCCCCAACCGGCCGUCCAUCGCGCGCACCAACAUGCCGGUGGAGGAGCCCGUCGACGCCGCCGCGCUCGCGGCGUUCCUGGACAACCCGGACCAGGCGCUCCGGGAGUGCUUCCCGUCGCAGGUGCAGGCGACGCUGGUGAUGGCCGUGUUGGACCUGCUGUCCACGCACUCCCCCGACGAGGAGUACCUCGGCGGGAUGGAGACCGCGCCGUGGAACGACGACGCCACGGUGCAGGCGGCGUACGGGAAGUUCAACGCGCGGCUCAAGGAGAUCGAGGACAUCAUCGACGGGAGGAACAAGGACCGGAGGCUCAAGAACCGGUGCGGCGCCGGCAUUGUGCCGUACCAGCUCAUGAAGCCCUUCUCUCAGCCCGGUGUCACAGGGAUGGGCAUCCCUAACAGCACGUCCAUCUGA